AUGAUCCGAGCAGGCAAAUCGAAGCAAAGCACCCCCAAACGCAAAGCAUUAGGUCAAUCUAGACUAAUUUUCGGGAAACAGAGAGAAGCCAAACCAUUUCAAUGCCUCGAAUGCUCUUUGUCCUACUCUCCGAGCGUUAUACAGGAUAUCGCCGCACAUGCCAAACACCACGAUUUGCAUCUAUGCGGAAAAAGAUGGUCACCAAAGUGGGGUGAAGUUGUCCAAAGUUUUUCUAGAUCUAUUCCAGUGAAGCAUAGGCGCAACAAUAAUGAUUGUGGUCCAGUAACUGGCGCCAAAGAAAUCUGCACCGGUGCUGGAACCGAUCAAAUAGUUCAGAUCUCCAAAACAAGAAGUAGCGAGGUUAAAGCAACGCUUGAAAUAAUGCACAUCGUUAAUGAAGAAUUACAGGCCCCUCACGAUGAAAACCAUUUCUGGAUUGGUGACUCGGGCAUUAACAACAACACGCAAAGGCGCUCUCUCAAGUCUAGUGAUGGCUCCGCGUUCGCGUAUAUACGGGGUGGUCGCGCCGUCGGUAUCAUAACGGUGGAGAUCUUGAACGAAGUCGAUGAGCGUGGGAGAUGGAUGAUCUGCGAUUCCGCUCACGUAGUGCCCGGUGUAAGGCCACCAGUAAAGCUUGGGAUAUCAAGGAUAUGGGUUUGUAAAAAAGAGAGGGGGGGGCACAUUGCUACAAGGUUGCUCGAGGCAGCUCGACAUCAUACUAUAUCUGGCUUAGAAAUUGCUAAAUGGGAAAUGGCGUGGAGUCAACCAAGUGAAAGCGGAGGGAAACUGGCGAAAAGCUACAACAGCGUGAAUCACCCUAAGAGUGGUAAUGUCUUAAUUCCUUGCUAUAUUUAG